AAUAUAUUAAUCAAUCCACCACCGUCCCUCCGAUAAAGGGGAGAAAAACGGAGAAGCAGAAAAUCGGGUGGGGAGAGAGAGAGAGAGAGCAAGGGAAUGGAGAUAGAGACAGAGUCUCGAUUGGUUCGCUUAUGCAUAGAAGCAGCGUGUGAAAGCAGAGAAAGCGUUGAAAAAUGGAGGAAACAGCGACGGACUCUCAAUUCUAUGCCUUCUCCUCUCGCCGACGCACUUCUCCGCCGCCUCUUCCUCCGCCGCCUCCUCUUCCCUUCUCUUCUGGAAGUUUUCAAACGUAGUGUGGAGGUCGUUGAUCUUAAAGGUGAAAACAAUGUGGAUGCGGAGUGGAUGGCGUACUUAGGAGCAUUUCGUUACUUGCGCUCCUUGAAUCUUGCUGAUUGCCAUAGAAUCAAUAAUUCUGCCCUUUGGUCUCUAGUUGGGAUGACUAGUUUAAAGGAGGUGGAUAUUUCUAGAUGUGCCAAGGUUACUGAUGCUGGUAUUAGGCAUCUUGUAUCAAUUUCAACUUUGCAAAUACUACGGAUUUCAGAAACAGGAGUAACUGCUGAUGGUAUUAAACUUCUCUCCUCACUUACAACAUUGUUUGUUUUGGACUUGGGUGAUUUGCCUGUCACUGAUACAGCGUUGAGUUCUCUCCAGGCGUUGACAAAGCUAGAGUAUCUUGACCUUUGGGGAAGUAACAUAUCUAACAAAGGGGCUACUGUUCUUCAAAAAUUUCCCAAGUUGAAGUUUCUCGGUCUGGCCUGGACCAAUGUUACAAUAUUGCCAAAUUUGUCAUCUCUUGAAUGCUUAAACUUGAGUAACUGCACCAUUAAUUCUGUACUUCAAGGUAAUGGGAAUAAAGCUCAUUUGACUAAGCUUAUAUGCUCUGGAGCUACAUUCACCAACGAGGCUGAAGCAUUCUUGUAUUUCAAUACAUGCUUCCUAUCUUUUCUGGAUGUAUCCAAUUCAUCUCUCAAUGGAUUCUACUUCUUACAUCAUUUGAAAGCAAUGGAAUAUUUGGAUCUCAGCAGUAGCAUGAUAGGUGAUGAUUCAAUUGAAGCGGUUGCAAGUAUAGGAGCAAUUUUGAGAAAUUUAAAUCUCGGCAAAACAAGAGUCACCUCUGCUGGGGUGGCAAUAUUAGUUGGUCAUGUUCCAAAGCUUGAGAAUUUAUCAUUAUCUCACACUCUAGUAGAUGAUUUGGCCAUGUCAUAUAUUGGCAUGAUGCCUUCGCUGAAGCUUGUUGAUUUAAACAAUACAAUCAUCAAUGGUUUCAUUCACCAGGAUGGUGCUGGGCCAAAUUUGAUUUCCUCACUGACAGCACUACAUAGCCUUAAAGGUUUGGAAAGUUUGAAUCUAGAAUGCGCCAACAUCAAGGAUGCAGCUGUAGACCCCUUAUCAAACUUUCAAGAAUUGAGGCUUUUAUCUCUCAAAAGUCCUUCCCUUACAGACAUCUCCCUUUACCACUUGUCAUCUCUACCAAAGAUAAGAAAUCUAGGCAUUCGCGAUGCCGUGCUGACUGACUCUGGGCUAUUUUCAUUCAGACCACCAGCAACUCUCGAAAUGCUGGACCUCAGGGGUUGUUGGCUCUUAACUGAGGAUGCUAUCUUGUCAUUUCGUAAAAGACAUCCUCUAAUUGAAUUAAGGCAUGAGCAUGUUGUCUCUACAUCAGAUCAAACUGCCCGCCACCGUCUGACUCCACCACGAACAUUUCUAAGACCUCCACAAGUAAACCAGAAACAGGAAAAGUUGAUUGUGUCUCAGUAUUUUAUAGAUCAGAGACUGAAGUAUACCAGAGAGGAGCUUCUUGCAUUACAGUUUCAAUCCUCAUCUCUCGGGUCUCCUUUUGACAAAAGCCAUGCCAAACCCCAGAUGCAGUCGGAUUGAAAAGGUGACUUAAAGGUCAAAUGCCAUGUGUAAUAUUUUGUUAUUGUGACAACAACUGUACUGUAUCAUGCCAGAGCAUAGGUGUUUUAGUUUUGAGUCUUCUAAUAAGGAGGCCAGUGUAUUGAUUUUUGUAAACUGUAGUUGGCCGAACUGUUUUGGGGGAUGUAGUGAAUUAUUUAAUUUAAUUUAGGUGAGCGAGAAUGGCGUCUAGUGCAGUGCUGCACAGGCGAGUUGGAUUGGCAACUAUCUUCCUGGAAAAUUUCGUGCUUCGAUUUGACUCCAGCCAAAAUUCUGGAACUUGAACGUGCCAAAUUUGGUCUACCAAUUAGAAUGCCUUCAACUUCAAGCAAGAGAAAACAAGUCCACUGAGAGCCCUGGGAGAGAUACGAGUCUUGUUCCAUCCAGGAACUUAUAUAAUGCAGUUAUGUUCUCAUCAUUAUAGUAUGAUGAUGCUGGUGGUUGAUAAAAUCUUUUUUUUUAUUGUAAAUUUGUAAUUUAAAUUCGAAAGAAAAAAAUCAGGACCAUAUUUGCUAA